AGGGGAGUGACUGGGACUUCUUGUCACUGACACACAGAACGUGGGAGACAAAACACCAGGGUACACGGCAGCAAGUAACACUAGGACACAAAGGACCUUGUGCAGUCAGCAUGGCAUCCAAGUGCCCCAAGUGUGAGAAGACUGUGUAUUUUGCUGAGAAAGUGACAUCAUUGGGGAAAGACUGGCACAAGUUCUGUCUGAAGUGUGAGCGUUGUAAUAAGACCCUUAAUUCUGGUGGCCAUGCAGAGCAUGAUGGUAAACCGUACUGCCACAAGCCUUGCUAUGCCACUUUGUUUGGACCAAAAGGAGUAAAUAUAGGGGGAGCAGGAUCGUACAUCUAUGAAAGAAAACCAAGUGAGGACAAACCUACAUCUCCCACUUCGCCAACUGAGGUGGCUCCAAAGCCAGAAGAAAGGAAGGUUGGUGGCCUUACAAGGGGACUUAGCAAAGCUUCCAGUAUCACAACCUUUACUGGAGAAGCUAACAUGUGCCCUCGUUGUGGGAAAAAAGUAUAUUUUGCUGAGAAGGUGACGUCACUGGGGAAGGACUGGCAUCGCCCUUGCCUGCGCUGUGAGCGCUGUUCCAAGACUUUGACUCCUGGAAGCCAUGCUGAGCACGAUGGGCAGCCUUACUGCCACAAGCCUUGCUAUGGUAUUCUUUUUGGACCAAAAGGUGUGAACACCGGAUGCGUUGGAAGCUACAUCUAUGACAAAGAACCUGAAGAAAAGGCACAACCUUAAGAAUGUAGUAGCAGCCCUGUGCCUUCCUCUCCUUGUCGCCCACAGCCUCUGCAUAUUAGUAGAUCUCACAAAGCCACUGAUCAGAGAUAUAGAGUAGGAUAGACUGCCUAGGUGUCACUGAGCUUGCUCCUCUUAAUCCCUAUGCCAAUAAGAUGCGCUGCAUCGGAAACUGAGAAAAACAAGUGACGUGUUUUGUGUUUAGAGCUGAGAUUCAUUUCACUCUAACUUGUACGCAAACGGUCUUUCAUGUUAAACCACUGUUUGUUAUAUAUUUGUCAAAAGACUGAAAAAAAUGCAUGGCUCUUAUACUGUAGCAAUGUUCAUUUUGUUUACUGGAUAAUUUUACUGCUUUGUUACCCUUUUGGUAAUAAAAUGGUUAAGAAAGUUUGUUCUGCUUAAUAAUAGUUGGACUUGCUUCUUGUUGGACUAAACACAUGUUGUACAAAUUGUAAUCUAUUCUCUACAGCGCUGACAAGGGACUGUAUUUCCUUGUUAAUAUUUAUUUACAAGUCCCAAGAGGGUUUGCUUGGCUUUAAUAUGACAAUGCAGUGUUAAAAUGAAACAACAUUAAAUUAAGUGAUUAGGAAAGUUUAUGAGUAUAAGGAUUUAUGUUAGAAGCUGUGUUAUUCCCUUUUCUGAUAAAGAUUAGUAAAGAUCUGAAAUAAGAAUCCUUUUUUAGAAGCAGAUGUACUAUGAUUGUGUUUUGUUAUACCACAUACAUAUUUACCUGUAUACAACCUUUUGCUUUAAACAUGUAUUGUUAAAGGGACAUGAAAGGAUGAAAGUCAAAUUUAAACUUUCAUGACUCAAAAAGAGUCCGACAUGCUUCUAUUAAAAAUGUGCUUCGUUCCCUUAAUAUCCUUUAUUGAGGAGCAUACCUAGAUAGGUUUAACGGUAUAUAAAUGUGCAAAAAGAAAAUAUUCUAAUAUGUUGGUUAUAUGCAACAAAUGCCAGAAGCGAUUUAAACACAUAAAGGGACACUAAACACUUUAUUCUCCGGCCAUUUCACUGCGGGUAUCUGAAGGAGUUGCUGCACAAGUGCAAACAAGUCAGCGCUGAAAUGCAUUGAAAGCCAGAUUCCAAGAUGGCGGAACCCAUCACAAGAAAAAGGCAGGGAAUGCUUCUAAAAAGUAUUUACUCUUUAAUGCCCCUUUAAAGUCAGCUCCAAAUAAGCAUUGCACUACUGGAAGCUAGGUGACACAUCCGGCAAAUGAAAAGAGACAAAGGAUACCAAGAAAACAAAAAACUGAUAAUGGAAGUGAAUUUAAAAGUGUCUUAUAAGUACAGGGCUCUGUCUGAAUCAUGCAAGUUUAAUUUUUACCUUUUUAUCCCUUUAAGAAUGUGCACGUACCUUGAGCACAAUAUUGCAGCAGUGGUAUGCAAUGAGGGCAGCAGUGUGGGCAAACACUUGCCAUAUAGUGAACAAGGCACCUGCACACACCUGAGCCUAUCUGCUUUUCAACAAAUUAUACCAAGAAUACAAAGUAAAUUUAAUACUAAAAGUAAAGCUUCGAUGUGAAUCUUGAAUGUUUCAUUUUGACUUUCAUGUCCCUUUUAUAUAGCAUGAAGCUUGCAGGACACACUGACAACUUCACAAAAUGAACCUUUUAGUAAACUAAGGGCUUGAUUUACCAAAGCCCUACGGCUGCAAGUUCUCACAAGAACUUGCUCGCCGUAAUUUAUCAAGCAACGGUCACCAGACCGCCGCUUCCUUAACCUCUUCGCCACCUCUAAGGUGGUGAAAUUCAAUCUCUGCGGUCGAGUCUGACCGAGGAGAUUGACAGCUCCUGCCUGCACCUGAUUGGCUGUGCACGGGCAGGGGGCGGGAUUGCAUGCGAGUGCAAAAUUGCGCUCUUGUGCAAUAGUGAUUACCUGCGGGUAAUUUCGCCCCGCCACAGGUGAGCUGAGGCGUACAGGGGUGCGUAUAUGUGCCCCUGUACGCCUCAGCUUUGAUAAAUCUAGCCCUAAGCUGUGUUAUCUAUAAAUGAUGCCAUUUAGCCAGCAGGAUAGCGGGCUGCACAUAUAAUCCCAUAGCAAAUUACAAUGUGUGUGUUCCAUCAUUAUUGUCUUCAGAAUCACUUCUACAUAACGUUAGCCGGUGCUAUCAUGCAUUUGUGUUGCCUUCAAGAUAUUAUUAAUAAAUAUGACAAAAAAGUUGAUAAAAUUGCAGCUUUUCUUUAUUUAUGUAUUUAUUAGCUAUUUGUACCCAUGUUUAGGCAGUUAAUUCCUACUUGUUACCAAUACCAAUAAGGACAAAUAAUUUGUUUAGCAUUUUUUAACUACCUUAUAGACUUUUGAUACGCUGCAACCACUACUUCUGAAUUGCAUUAAAGGGACAUGAGACCCCAAAAUGUUCUUUCAUGAGUCCAAUAGUGCAUACAAUUUACAAUUUGCUUCUAUUAUCUAAUUUGCUCCCAUGGGGCGCGAUCCGAUAUAGAUCGCAGUUUGCGGCGCAAGCGAGGGAACCGGCGUCGCCCGCAGUUUCAGCUCGCAACUCGAGCUAUCCCAUAUAUGGCGCCGUCAGAUGCUAACGUGCCGUAAGUCUGACAAACCAGCGAUGUCCAGAAAUCUGCACAAGUACAAAUUUCUGGCGUCGCCAGUGACUUGCGGCACGUUAGAAACUGCCGGCGCCUAUAAAACCUGACUAAAGUCUAAAUCACCCGCACUGUCUAACACGCCUCCCUAACAUAGCCCGACACGUCUAACCCUAUCCCCCCUCACUAGCCUAACAAUAAAAUAUGUAUUAACCCCUUAACCGCCGCUACCUAAUAAAGUUAUUAACCCCUAAACCGGCGCCAGCUAUAUUAAAUCUAUAACCCCCUAAAGUGAGCCCCUAACACCGCCGCCAUCUACCUUACCUACCCCCUAAAGUGAGCCCCUACCCCGGCGCUAUCUAUUUUAAAAUUAUUAACCCCUAAUCUAAUCCCCCUACCCCGCCGCCAUCUAUAUUAAAUUAUUCAACCCCUAAAAUACUAAGCUAUCCCUACCACUAAACCUAAGUCUAACCCUACAAAUAGCCCUGAAAAGGGCUUUUUGCGUGGCAUUGCCCCAAAGUAACAGCUCUUUUGCCAGCCCUUAAAAGGGCUUUUGGCGGGGCUUUGUCACAAAGUAAACUGCUGAACCAAUCAGCCAAUCGGAUUGAACUUGAAUCUGAUUGGCUGAUUCAAUCAGCCAAUCAGAUUUUUCUAACUUAAUUCCGAUUGGCUGAUAGAAUCCUAUCAGCCAAUCGGAAUUCGGCGGACGCCAUCUUGGAUGACGUCAUUUAAAGGUACCUCAUUCGUCGUUCAGUCGUUGGCCGGGAUGGAUGCUCCGCGGUGGCGGAGCGAAGAAAGAAGAUUGAAGAUGCCGCUUCAUGGAAGAUGCUGCCGGAAGGAAGAAGACUUUGCUGCCGCUUGGAGGAAGAUGUCGCCGGAGGAAGAAUUCUUCUUUGCCGCUUGGAGGAAGACGUCGCCGGAGGAAGAAUUCUUCUUUGCCGCUUGGAGGAAGAUGUCGCCGGAGGAAGAAUUCUUCUUUGCCGCUUGGAGGAAGACGUCGCCGGAGGAAGAAUUCUUCUUUGCCGCUUGGAGCAAGACAUCGCCCGAAUCGGAUGAGGAGUUCGGCCUGGUGUGGUGAAGACAAGGUAGGGAGAUCUUCAGGGGGGUAGUGUUAGGCUUUUUUAAGGGGGGUUUGGGUGGGUUUAGAAUAGGGGUAUGUGGGUGGUGGGUUGUAAUGGGGGGGUAUUGUAUAUGUUUUUAAAUGCAAAAGAGCUGAAUUCUUUGGGGCAUGCCCCACAAAAGGCCCUUUUAAGGGCUGGUAAGGUAAAGAGCUUUGAACUUUUUUUAAUUUAGAAUAGGGCAGGGAAUUUUUUUUAUUUUGGGGGGCUUUAUUAUUUUAUUAGGGGGCUUAGAAUAAGUGUAAUUAGCUUAAACAUCUUGUAAUCUUUUUUUUAUUUUUUGUAAUUUAGUGUUUGUUUUUUUUUGUAGUUUAGUUUAAUUGUAUUUUUAGAUAGAUAUUUGUAGUUUAUUUAAUUUAUUGAUAGUGUAGGUGUAUUUGUAACUUAGGUUAGGAUUUAUUUUACAGGUAAUUGGGUAAUUAUUUUAACUAGGUAGAUAUUAAAUAGGUAAUAACUAUUUUAUAGCUAUUAGACCUAGUUAAAAUAAUAAACAAUUUACCUGUAAAAUAAAUAUUAACCCUAACAUAGCUACAAUGUAAUUAUUAAUUAUAUUGUAGCUAUCUUAGGGUUUAUUUUAUAGGUAAGUAUUUAGAUUUAAAUAGGAAUAUUUUAGUUUAUAAUAUGAAUUAGAUUAAUUUAAUAUAAAUUUAGUUAGGGGUGUUAGGGUUAGAUAGAGUUAAUAUAGUUAAUAUAAAUACUAUAGUAACUAUAUUAACUAUAUUAACCCUAAUAUAAUUAGGGUUAAUAUAGUAAAUAUAUAUAAUGUAAUACCUAUAUUAACUAUAAUAUACUUAGGGUUAAUAUAGAUAAUAUAGCUGGCGGUGGGGUAGGUAGAUUAAAUUAGGGGUUAAUAAUUUUAAUAUAGAUGGCGGCGGUGUAAGGGGCUUACAUUAGGGGUUAAUAAUAUUAAUAUAGCUGGCGGCGGUAUAGGGGGAUUAGAUUAGUGGUUAAUAAUUUUUAUAUAGGUGGCGGCGGUGUAAGGGGUCAGAUUAGGGGAUAGAUAAGGUAGAUGGCGGCGGUUUUAGGGGUUCACAUUAGGCGAUAGAUAAGGUAGAUUGCGGCGGUUUUAGGGGCUCACAGUAGGGGGUUAGUUUAUGUAGAUGGCGGCAGGGUCCGGGAGCGGCGGUUUAGGGGUUAAUAACUUUAUUAGGGAUUUCGGGGGGGAUCGCGGUUGACAGGUAGCUAGACAUUGCGCAUGCGUUAGGUGUUAGGUUUUAUUUAGCAGAUCGCGGUUGACAGGUAGAAAGACAUUGCGCAUGCGUUAGGUGUUAGGUUUCUUUUCUAGUUAGUUUAGGGAGUUACGGGGCUCCAAUAGUCAGCGUAAGGCUUCUUACGGCUGCUUUUUGUGGCGAGGUGAAAAUGGAGUAAGAUUUCUCCAUUUUUGCCACGUAAGUCCUUACGCUGCAUAUUGGAUACCAAACUGCGCUGGUUUGGUAUACCUGCCUAUGGCCCAAAAAACUACGGGCGACGGCAGAAAUAUACGCGCGUAACUUCUAGGUUACGCCGUAUAUGUGAUACCAAACCAGCGUAAAUAUUGGCGUCGCUGGCUUUUGCGGGCGACGAUUUUUAUCGGAUCGAACCCCAUGUGUUUUAUCCUUUGUUGAAAACCUAGGUAGGCUCAUAAGCAGUUAUACACUACUGGGAGCUAGCUGCCAAUUGUUACUGGUUCCGCUAACUCCCAUUAGUGUAUUGCUGCUCUUUCAACAAAGGAUACCAAGACAAUGAAGCAAAUUUGAUAAAAGAAGUAAAUUGGAAAAAUGCUUAAAAUUGUAUGUUCUAUAUGAUUCAUUACAGAAAAUCUAGGGUAUCAGGUCCCUUUAACCCGAUGAGUACAUUUGGGGCACUUUCAAGUGAGUCUGAUUACUUCACUUCUAUGACUUGCCAUGGCUGCUACAUAAUGACUGUUGGAUCUAGUGCUAUUGACUUUGGUUCAGUUAUGAAUGCUAAUACUCUUUCCUUGUUAACAGGUUUGCUACAUAUUCAGUAGUAUGGCAUGUUUGAGAUGAAUAAAUGGCCACUGAUUUUAAAGUAUUUUAGGUUUUAGUAUGGGUAACUCUUGAACACAAUGUAAUUAAAAGAAAUCUCUUUAUUUAAAUGCAUCUUGGUAUUUAAUUUGUCACUAAAUUUGUAUAAUGACAUUUAUAGAAUGAUCAACUAGCCAAAAUCUCCAAUAAUGCCCCCUCCCAGUUAAUCCGUGAAAAUUAUAGUAUUUGGAAUAUUUUCAGGUUUAUUUGCACUAAAAAACACCAUUGGAGAUUUCAUGCAGAUUUAUUUAUUACAUGCUUGAGUUAUUUCCUUUUUGGAAAAAAGAUGUCAAUUUCAGAUCAGUAGAAACCACUGAGCCUUUAAUACUGUAAGUGUGCAAAAUAUUGGUAUUUAUUAUUUUUUUUCUAGCCUAAAAUACUAAAUAUUAUAAUAUAAUUGAUAAUUAUUCUUAAAUAUCUUUAAUCUAUACAUUUGCUAAAAUCUUAGUGUUUAGAAUCUAGUUUUUGUAACUGAAUUUGUAAAAGAAAAUGUAAAUUGCCAUCCACCCCACCCAAAUUGCAAGAAAUGUGUAAUAAAUAUACUUACAGGUGUCUAAAUAAUCAAGAAAAUGGAGCACAGAUUUUGCAGAAUUAUUAAAAGGCACUUUAUAAGGUUGCUAUUAAAGAAACAUGAACCCCAACCUUUUUUGUUUCAUGAUUUGGAUAGAUCAUAUCAAUUUUAAACAACUUUCCAAUUGACCUAUUUUGUCUAAUUUGCUUCAUUCUCUUGGUAUCCUUUGUUGAAGAAGCUGUAAUGCACCAAAUGUGGCAUAUACGUGCAGCCACCAUUCAGCUGCUUCGGAGCCUACAUUGGUACUUUUUCAACAAAGGAUACAAAGAGAGUGAACCAACUUAGAUAAUAGAAACAAAUUAGAAAGUUAUUUAAAAUUGCAUUCUCUAUCUGAAUCGUGAAAGAAAAAAAAAGUGUUUUGUGUCCCUUUAACAUGAUGUAAAAAAUAAACUGCACUGUCCCUUUAAUUGUCUAAUUAGGAUAAUAAUAGAUUUGUAUUAUGGGAAAGUGUUCUCAAACCUUAGUAAAUAAUAUUCAUUUAUAUCUGUUUACAGAAGGCAAAUGGAACAUUAUAUGGUAUUUGUUUUAUGAUCAUACAUAUUCACCUUGUUUAUCACUACAACUAAUACCUUUGCUACAAUUGUUUUUUGCCAGGAAUAAGUAAUUUGCAUCUGAAUAAAGAGUCAAUUUCCAGUGAAUUUAUCAGUAUACAAAUGUUUCUGGCUCACAAUGAAAUUAUACCGAGACUAUUUUAUUUCUGCUACAUGUGCAUAUAUAUGACUGUAGCUACUAUUUGGUCAUAUUAAAGUUUUUUUUGGUUAAUAACAAAGACUUUUAUGUGAGAUUUCUGAGAAUUGCAUUUAACUGGCUAUAUAUGUCUAGUUACAUUCUAAAUAAAAAAUACAAACAGA